UAGUUCUUGCACAUCGCUAGCGCGUAUAGACGAAAAACAAUUUAAUUCUUAAUACAACAACAAAACAACGAAAAUGAGCAAUAGCGAGGACUCCCAGCAAUAUAUUACGGAUAUAAUGGUCAAGGAAGAGGACGAUGCGUCCGGUGACGAAUCGGACAAAAUGGAUGGAAUUAUGCUGCGGGAACAGGACCGCUUCCUGCCCAUCUGCAAUAUCAUCAAAAUCAUGAAGGUGCCCGUGCCGCAGAACGGCAAAAUCGCAAAAGACGCACGGGAAUGCAUUCAAGAGUGCGUUUCCGAAUUUAUUUCCUUCAUCAGCAGCGAGGCCAUCGAACGGAGCGUCGCCGAGAAUCGCAAGACGGUCAAUGGGGAUGAUUUAAUAGCGGCCUUUGGCAGUCUUGGCUUUGACAACUAUGUGGAACCGCUGCAAAUAUACUUGAACAAGUAUCGCGAGUCGAACAAAGCGGAUCGAAAUCUGUUUAUGGACAGCAACUUUGCCCAGAGCGAGGACGGUGCCACCACAAAUGACGGCGCCAAGCCGUAGCCUAAGUAGUUUGAUAUAUGUAUGUAUAUAUAUGGGAUUGAUUCAAUUAUUCGCUCGUCCAUUACGCUUUUUGAUGGCAAUCAGGGCAACCAAUACCCCCCACUCCCAAGGAGUGCUGAGUCAAGUUUUACGUCACUUCUCCCUUUGUGUCCACGAUAUAUAUAUUUAUUUAUAUAUAUAUCUUUAUGUAUUUAGAAAAACACCAAAUAAUUGUGUUUGUGGGGGGGAAGAUCGCCUACAGGUUUACACACACAUACGUUACAUAUACUAUACGCUCAAGGGUGUUACAUAGUACAUACAUAGUUUAUAUUUAUGUAUAUAUGUUUAUGUGUAUAUGGAAAUGAGAACGAAUUAAAUUUUGUCACAGAAUAAAAUGUAUAAUGUAUA